UUAUAUUUUUUAAAAUUAUGAAACAGGAAAAAAAGAAGAGAAAAAAAAUGACCACAAAUUACAGUGUAUUUUUUCUAUAAUUGUCUGGACUUUUUGAGGUUAUUUCGUCUCAUUUGUUUUUGCAUUUUACUUUUCCUUCUUAUGCUUUUUUUCAGAUAAUUUUCUUGUAACCUUUUACAAAUUUAUUGCUAAUUGUUGGGCCAUUUCUUUUUAAGUGCCUUUUAAAUUACCUUCUCCACAUGUUUUUGAGAGAAGACCAACCAAUAUCCUCAGGUUUGAAAGGGUUAACAUAAUGUUCGAGAGUUCAGAAAAAUGACCAAGUGCAAUCAUGAAUAGAACAAUUUCAAAAACUUUUUAAAAUUGUUGAAUUAUUUUGUCAUACUGAUCAUAAAGUCAAUGAAUUAUAUUAAUAUCUCCCCAAACCAUUUUUGAAUAAAGUGACAUAAUACAGACUUAAAUGUAUCCAUGUUUGUAUCUCAAGUUAGUCACAUGUUUUUUUUCUGAUAAAGAGAGCGGGAUUAGUAAUUCCCUCUUAACAACUUUGUAUUUGUUGGUCACUACAAUACAUGUACCUUGCACUAUGUCUAAAGCCAUUAUUGUAUCGUUAAUUAUUGCGUAGACAUGUCCAUACACUAGAUGUAAUUUGAUUAUGUGUCAUCAUGUAAUUCGGUUAAUCAGAGAUAUUGAGCCAUUAUUUUCCCUGAAUUUCUCUGCUUAAUACCUGUGUUUACUUUGCCAAAACAAACAAAUCCUGAAGGUUAAAUUGCAUUGCAAAAUACUACAGACCACAGCCUGUGUGACAUUAAUGGUCCCUUUUAGUUUGAGACAUUUUGCCUAAAAGUGCAGUAACACGGAGAUAAACUUAUAGCAGACAUGGGAUGGACCUACUGUGUUGUAUGGUUUCUGUGUUUGGCAGUGAGUGAGUGUCAGCAGCCGUCCAACUCUGAGUCUGUCUCACAUGGGGAGAUCCAGUCCCCCCAGUAUCCCCAACCUUACCCUCCCAACCUGCUUAAGAAAUGGAACAUCAGGGUUCCAGAGGGCUACCAGAUCCAGCUGUCCCUAACACACCUGGAUAUUAAAACUUCUCCGGGCUGCUAUCAAGACUCUCUGACGGUUCUUCAUGAUCAAAAGGUCUUGGGGAAGUUUUGUGGCCAGGAAAAUUCGACUGAUCACCCAGGCCAAGAGCCGAUCCUCUUUCCAGGCAACAGACUGACUCUCAUCUUCCAAACAAGUAACUUCACUGCAGAGCUUCAACAGCACAUUGGCUUCUCUGCUACUUCCAAAGCAAUAGACAUAGAUGAGUGCUCACAACCUCUUGAAGAUGGAUCAGCUCCGGUCUGCUCUCAGAUCUGCGUCAACACCCCCGGCUCUUACCUCUGCUCCUGCCACCAUGAUUACAAACUUCAUUUAGACCAGCGCACAUGUUUGAUUUCCUGUGGUGAUCAGAUAUUUGACAAGCAUGAGGGACAUCUGGCCAGUCCAAGAUACCCUCAUCCCUCACCUCCUUUUCUGUCCUGCAUGUACAUCAUCACUGUGGAGCCCAGCCUCCCUAUCACUCUUAACUUCACUGACAACUUCCACAUCGAUAGCACGGACACUAAGCAAGGUCCCAGCUGUCUUCAUCACUGGCUGCAGGUGACCAUCCCAAACAGAGAGCCCAUCAAACUGUGUGGUGGAAAGAGUCCAGGUCUGAUAGUUACAAACUCCAACACUGUCAGGCUGGACUACCACACUGAUGUUGAAGGCCUGAGUCGCGGUUGGAGCCUGGACUACAACACGAAUGCUAAGGAUUGUGGAGAACCCGAACCUUUGCUGAAUGGAGGGGUGACCUUCCUGUCUGGCCUUCAGAAACGGUACCGCUCUGUUGUUCAGUAUCACUGUCAUGAACCUUUUUACACUCUCCCUGGAGGAGUAAAUGUUACUUUCACCUGUGAAGCAGAUGGAAAGUGGAGAUCUUAUCAGAACGAAGUCAUUCCAACAUGUUUACCUGUCUGUGGAAAGCCAACAAAACGAAUUUCUGCCCAUCAGAGAAUCAUUGGAGGCAGGGAAGCUCCACACUAUACCAUCCCCUGGCAAGUGCUACUGAAUAUAGAUGCAAAAAGAGCAGGAGGCAUGGUGAUUGCAGACCGUUGGAUUAUGACCGCAGCUCAUGACCUAAUACAUAAUGGAAAACCAGUAUCAAAUGAGACUGUACGGAUUUACAUGGGAUAUUCUGAUGUCAAAACCCUGCUGGGCUUUCGUGUGUUUGCUACUUCAAUCCAUAUUCACCCUGAAUUCAACCCGGACAGCUUAGACUUCAACAGUGACAUCGCCUUGAUCAAACUGCAAGACUCUGUUACAUUCAACUCAUCUGUUAUGCCAAUAUGUUUGCCAGCAGAGGGUGCCAAAUACAUCACCGGCGAAAUGGGACUGGUGUCAGGUUUUGGCAUUAUGACAAUUUACCCCCCACGGUUAACAAAAAAGCUGAGGUAUGUGCAGGUCCCUGUGGUGGAUCAGGAGACAUGCAGUAAUUCACUCAAUAAAUUUAGGAAGACAAGAGACAAUGUACCAAGACUGACAAAUAACAUGUUUUGUGCUGGAGUCCCUGAGGGUGGGAAGGACACCUGCCUUGGUGACAGUGGAAGCCCCUUUGCCCUGUUUGAAAACGGACAGUUUUGGGCUGCUGGGAUUGUCAGCUGGGGGAUUGACUGUGCACAGCAGGGAACAUACAGAUUCUAUACCAGAGUUGCUAACUACAUGGACUGGAUCGACAGGACCAUGUUGGAGAACUGA